GCGUUAAACGAAACGUUACAGAAACAAGUUGUGCUAUGUGGGAAUACGGCAGACGAAGCACCUUCUUUUGCACUUUACUUGCAGCCAACGACACACACAGGAAAACAAUCUAGCUGUGUACGUGGAUUGGUAUCGUUUUGUCUUGAAGAAGUUAUUUUGAGGUGAAACUGAUGGAUAAUUCAAAUACGUGUGUGGAUUGCGGUGCUAUCGUUUUGGUACCUUAUCAAAUACGACAUGUUCCGACAUAUAAUGCAUGGAUGAAAAGCCCAGAGCUCCAAGAGUUAACAUGCUCGGAACCUUUUAGCUUGGAGGAAGAGUACAAAAUGCAGCGAUCAUGGUGCGAAGACGAUGACAAGUUCACGUUCAUUGUUAUGCACGACCCUUCAAAGCAAUUACAUCCUCCGGUCAUCUUAAAAGACAAGGUGCUAGACAUUGUCGAAGACACCAGCAAGAUGAUUGGAGAUGUUAACAUUUUUUUUCAAAAUGAAUUCGUCGAUGAAGACGACGAUGAUGCUGAUCCAACCAAACCUCCUAGCGACGAAACGAUUACUGUUGGCGAACUCGAACUCAUGAUCGCCAAACCUUUGAACCGUGGACACGGUUUUGGCACAGCCAUGGUUGGAGCCUUUCUGCACUACCUUGAGCAAAGUGGACUUGCUAAUGACAAGACAAUCGCCAAAUACCGAGUCAAGAUUGGCAGUUCAAAUGUCCCUAGUAUUCGCUUAUUCAAACACCACGGCUUUAAACAAGUGAAGUACAUUUCGUUCUUUGACCAAGUUGAAUUGGAGCGUAAACGUGACACAGCGCCCAAGGUGCGUUCUUAGACUGUAUGCAGCAGUUCACUAAUUAUUGUCUUCGACUCUUCUCCGAGCAUGCACAUACCGAUGUGCACAAACCAUCAAUACAUAAAGGUCAAGCCAAAUGCCGCAGCGAAACACAAACCACUCCUUUCACCAUACUGCCAAAACCAGCAAUACACCACAUUCCCACUCUCACUUGCACGUCUUGGUAGACCGAAUUUUUGUCUUUUAUUAGAACGACCUAAUGCUUCUUUCCAACCUCAGAAACAACGAGUCCUACACAGUUAGCACAAGCACACAACAGAAUGAGAAAAUACACACUGUAAACCCGUUUUAUUGCCGUCAAUGCUGCAGAAACGCGUUUCUGCUCAACACA